UGUCAGUUGUCAGCAAUCCAUCUUCUUCCUUUCCUUCUCGUCCUUUUUUUAAAAAGACAUUUCCUGCUGCUUAGGAAUUAAACACCCUGACAUUCUGAAUGAAGCUGGCCGCUUUUCCAGCCAGCCUGCCAGAAUGGGCCAGUGCUGCUGCAAGCUUUAUUACUGCCUCCAGUGCCUGGACAAGACGAACGAAAGCGCCCUUGUGAAAGAAAAAGAGCUCUCAGCGGAGCUUGCAAACAUCAAAGAUGAAGUUGCCCUCAACGCAGCAAGAUAUGAGAAAUUACAAAAAGAGAAGGAGGAGCUGGAAAAGAAGUUUGAGGGCAAGUUGAGGACGCUUGGUUGGGAGCAGCAGGAGGAGCUCCGUGCUCUCGAAGAGCGGCUGCAGUUACAGUACAGUGCCGAAAUAGAGCAAUUGCAAGAGGAUCACAAGGCGCAGCUCAUCAGGGUCAAGAGCCAGCACCAAGAGCAGGUGGAAGAUAUUACAACAACUCAGGAAGCAGCGGUGAUGGAGAUGGAAAACAGUCAAGCUGUUGCUAUUGCAGUGCUUCAGGAUGAAUAUGAGCGCAAAGUUCAAGAACUAAAGUCUACACAUGAGCUGGAAAAGAGAGAACUGGAAGAGAAUUUUGAGAAGCUACGUCUGUCACUCCAGGACCAGGUCGACACCCUCACUUUUCAGAGCCAGUCUCUGAAGGACAAGGCAAGACGAUUUGAAGAGGCAUUAAAGAAAAACACUGAAGAGCAACUAGAGAUUGCAAUGGCUCCAUUUCAGCAUUUAGAGGAAGACAUGAGUAGCCUAAAGCAGAUCUUGGAAAUGAAGAAUCUACUCAUUCAUCAACAGGAAAAGAGGAUCAUAGAGCUAGAGAGGCUGGCUGAAAAGAACUUAAUAUUAGAAGAAAAAAUUCAAGUGCUCCAGCAGCAAAAUGAGGAUCUCAGAGUCAGGAUUGAUCAGAACACUGUGGUGACAAGGCAGUUAUCUGAAGAAAAUGCUAAUCUCCAGGAAUACGUUGAAAAAGAAUCCAAGGAAAAGAAGAGGCUAAGUAGGACUAAUGAAGAGCUGCUGUGGAAGCUUCAGACGUCAGACCCCAUGAGCCCAGUUAAGCUGUCGCCAACAUCGCCCACACAUAUUUAUCGGUCUUCGUCAGGACCUCCUACCCCAGCUAAAGUCAGCACCGUGCCAAGAUGACAGCCCCGUGCAGCUGUAUCAGAUGACUUGUCCCUGACAAUGUCCCAGUCUACCGAAUGUUCUCGUCUAAGAAAGUAUUAACCACAGUAGAAGUAGAUCCCUGGGAUCCGUGACUCUACCAACAUGCUCUGUAUUUGACUAGGCAGUGCACUCUGGUGGGUUUCUGCAUCAGGAGUCCCUAGGACUUGCUACACUGAUGCCAUAGAAUAGCAGAAUCCCAGGGUGAGAGGCAAAGCAAGGGAAAAACUCUUCUUAUUGUUCACUCCCGAGUGAACUUUUCGCUGCAGUAUUUCAGGUUAGUUGCCAGUUCGAGUUUUGAAUAGCUCUGUGUGUUGAGUGGCUGCUGAUACGUGUGGAUGCCCUCAGGCAUCCAUGCCCAUAAUGUGAGGCACAUGUCAGGCACACCUACAU